ACCGGCGGUUCACAGUCUUUUUUUUUUGGAUGCACCGCCGGUUCACAGUCUUUUUUUGUCCCUUACCCCAUUUUUGGAUUAUCAUUAUUAUUUGCCUUGCCUGACUUUUGUUUUUUGUAUUAUUUACGAUGGCCAUCCAAGUUUUAUUCGAUGAUGGGAAUGAUGCUAGGGCUGCCGAUUCUCCUAACUAGACAAAGAACGAGAAAUGUAUAUAAACUGUCAGAAUGAACAAAUUCAAUACGAGGAAGAACAAGACGAAAUUAUGACCCAACAACAACAGGUGGAAACAGCGACGAAACUAUAGAAAAAAGAUAAAGCGGCCUUCAACAUGAACCAGCGUCGAGCAUUUGGAUGGGCGAAAAAAGGUGGCACUCCUUGUCGUAUCAUGAAAUAAAAAGUCGUGAGAUGAAUAUAGGUCUGAGACAUCUACCACAUAAAAUCUAUUGUUCUUCAAUAAUCAAUCUAUUUUUAUUUUAUUUUAUUUCCAGAUUACAUACAUAAAU